AAUUCGCAACCAUGCUAUAAUCAUUUAUUUAUUGAGGAAAAUAUUUUAGCUUCCAAAGAAAAUUCCAAAACAUUCAACAAGAUAAUACACAUGUGGAGAUCUUGCGCUAAACUUUGCUCCUCAAUUUCAACAUAACCAUACAAACUAAACCCAACGGCUCAUAUUUACUUCAGAAAAACAGCUACAAAAUAUCUAUAAAUAACUAUAUGUCAUCACUAACACUUACCAUGUUGAUAUAAACUUUGGAACUAAGCUUGGAGAAUCAAUGGCUUCCAUUACCAUGUUAUCAAUUGCUCCAACAACAGGAAGAGUGUUUGCAGCUACAAAGGGUGCAGCAGGUGGAAGAAAGGAAGAGAAAGGGUUUCUUGAUUGGAUUCUUGGUGGUAUGCAGAAAGAAGAUCAGUUGCUAGAGACUGAUCCUAUUCUCAAGAAAGUUGAAGAGAAGAAGAAUAGUAGAGGCACCACUACCAGCAGAAGUGGCGGCAAGAAUUCCGUGGCAGUUCCACAAAAGAAAAAGGGUGUUUUUGAAGGAUUGUUUUCCAAGAAUUAAUUGAAGUAAUGUAUAUCAUGCAAGUGUUUAAUCCAGUUGCAUGCAUAUUAGUAUUAUAUGUUUCUGUUUAUUUAGAUUUUAAUCUAUUUACGGUUACAAGGUCUUUUUAAUA